AUGUGGCAUCUGGUAGGCUCUUUCAAGGGCCAGAGAAAUUUACACAAAGGAGGCGGGGAAAGGCUUUUGCAGUCUGGAGAUGCAGAGGCUGUCUGGAGAGUUUUCUUUCUCAGCUCACCAACAGUAAGCAAUGGGGGAGCGAGUUUGAGAGAGAAAGUAAGCAAACCUAAGCAAAUAUUGAGCUCUGUACUGCUGAGACAUUUCGAAGCUCAGAAGAUGAAAAGCCUUAAUCUUCUAGGUGGUCACAUCUCUAAUACUUCUCACCUCAGGAAACCUCCAGCGAAGAAAGUUUCUUUUGGCUCCCACAAAAGCAGAAACUGCAGGAUUUCUACAAGGUCCUCCAGUUUUUUCCUCUGCUUCUUCUUCACCCUGUUGUACCAAGCAGGGAUACUUCUGGGGCACCCUCAGUGCCUAGAUUAUGGCCCUCCCUUCCAGCCUCCCUUUCAUCUGGAGUUUUGUUCUGCCUAUGAGACGUUUGGCUGCUGUGACCAGGAAAAGGACAAUGCCAUUGCAGCCAAAUACUGGGAGAUUAUGGAUUACAUUGAUCCCCAGGCAUACAAAUUGUGUGGAGGAUACAUCAAAGAUAUCUUGUGUCAGGAAUGCUCACCCUAUGCAGCACAUCUCUAUGAUGCAGAGAACCCUCAGACACCUCUUCGGAACCUCCCUGGCCUUUGCUCUGACUACUGUUCAGAGUUCCACUUAUAUUGCCGUUCUGCAAUCACUUUUCUGACUGAUGACAAACACAUCCAGGAAUGUUGUGAGAAGAAUAAGACCCGCUUCUGCAAUCUCCUCAACAUCCAGGAUCAAGACUAUUGCUUCCCCAAUGUGUUGAAAAACACAGACCUUAAUCAUAACCUGGGCUCUGUGGUGGAGGACAAGAAAGGCUGCCUUCAGCUGUGCCUAAGAGAAGUGGCCAAUGGGCUGAGGAAUCCAGUCCUGAUGGUGCAUGCUAAUGACAACACCCAUCGUAUGUUUGUGGCUGAGCAGGUGGGCAUUAUUUGGGUCUAUCUUCCAGAUGGGAGUCGACUGGAAGAGCCCUUUCUGGAUAUUAAGAAGUUGGUUCUAGCUACCCCUUGGAUAGGCGAUGAGAGAGGUUUCCUUGGCAUGGCCUUCCAUCCCAAGUACAAAGACAAUGGGAAAUUCUACAUUUACUACUCAUAUUUGGACAGGAAAAAAGUGGAGAAAAUCCGGAUCAGCGAACUAACAGCCUCUCCAUUAGAUGUCAACAAGGCUGAUCCAAAUUCAGAAAGGAACCUCUUGGAGAUUGAAGAGCCAGCUGCAAAUCAUAAUGGAGGACAAGUCCUCUUUGGUCUGGAUGGAUAUAUGUACCUGUUUACAGGGGAUGGAGGGAAAGCUGGGGACCCUUUUGGUAAAUUUGGAAAUGCUCAGAACAAGAGUAGUUUUUUAGGAAAAGUUUUGCGGAUAGAUGUGGAUGGCAGAGGUUCCAAUGGGAAGCCUUACCACAUCCCUCUUGACAACCCAUUUGCUUCAGACCCUAAAGUUCUCCCAGAAGUCUAUGCCUAUGGGGUGAGGAACAUGUGGCGUUGUUCUGUGGACAGAGGCAAUCCGGUUACUCACAAAGGAAGGGGAAGAAUAUUCUGUGGCGAUGUUGGGCAGAACAAGUUUGAAGAAGUGGACAUCAUUGUUAAAGGUGGAAACUAUGGCUGGAGAGCUAAGGAAGGAUUUGAAUGCUAUGAUAUAAAGCUCUGUCACAAUUCCUCUUUAGAUGAUAUUCUUCCAAUAUUUGCCUAUGACCACUCUGUGGGAAAAUCAGUCACUGGGGGCUAUGUUUACAGAGGAUGUGAAUCCCCAAACCUGGAUGGUCUUUACAUCUUUGGAGAUUUUAUGAAUGGUCGCCUUAUGGCUUUGCAGGAAGAUGAGAGAGGAAAUAAAUGGAAGAAGCAAGAUAUUUGCAUUGGUAGCCCUAAAGCUUGUGCUUUCCCGGGGCUGAUCAGCUCGUAUAGUAAAUUCAUCAUCUCUUUUGCAGAGGACGAAGCAGGUGAACUUUAUUUUAUGGCUACCUCCUAUCCCAGUGCCUAUGCGCCACAUGGCGCUCUCUACAAAUUUGUGGAUCCUGCAAGGAGGGCUCCACCAGGAAAAUGCAAACAUAAGCCUGUUCCAGUGAAAACAAAGAGUAAGCGAAUCCCAUUCACUCCACUUGCAAAGACUGUCCCUGAACUGCUUAAUGAACUUCUUGCAACCAAAUCACCUAAAAAAGCUGUUAACACAACUGAAAUGUCCCAAGCAUCUUCCCGCCCCAAAUCUAAGAAGCCCGCAUCCCACAAAGGCUCCGCUAAACGCAAGCCAGGAAAGCCCAAGCCUACUGGAUCUGGUAAAAAGCACCCAAAGGCCCAACCAACCAAGGCCAAGGCUGGUGGAUCAAAGCAAACAGUAAGGACUCCACAUGCCUCCAGAGGAUCAACAACCCCCCUCAAAAGGAAAGGGUCACAGUUCAGCAGAGCCAAGAAGAAACUUUCAAAGCUUCCAAAGCUGAAACCAGCAGCUAAGGAGAGAAAACAGAAGAAAAAGAGGUUCAGCUCCAGAAGUGAGAUGUGAGCUUCCAAUGUGCCUGAGAAGAAUCAAGAGAAUGUGGAGAAGAUUGCUGGGCAAUUCAUUUGGUUUCCAUUUUGCUCUUGGCAAGAGUAAAAUUGUUGUAUAGUUUCCAUGUAAAAAUAUUGGGGCGGGGGGAGGAAUAUUCACACCUGGUAGAAGCAGCUGCUAGUCCACUGAUCGUGACAGCCCUAAGAUGUGUGUGUUUAAUUGAGAGUAACUGCUCCAGAUGUUUUCCAGAUUGUUGCUUUUCACAAAUCUGUACUGGUUAAGUAAUUAAGCUGUGAUGCAGCACUUUGCUGGUUUGAAUCUCACUACUGCCAUGAACUGACGAGGUGGCUUUGGAUAAGCUACUCCUCUCAGCCCCAGCUCCAUUGCGGGGAUAGUAACACUGACUUUGUUCACCACUCUGUGUGGGCACUAAUCUGUCCAGAAGAGUGAUAUACAAAUAAACUGUUAUUAUUAUAACUACUACCGAGGAGAUAAUUUGGUGAUCACUCGCAGGAGUGGAAGUCUAGUGACUACAGUGGGACUAUAGGUGAUCAAUUGAGUUGUGCUACUGAUUGCCAUCAAUGGAAGUACAAUAAGGGUCUAGUUAAAUAACUUUGCAGCAUAAAACAUUUUAGUGACCUUGGUCUGAGAAAAAGGAGGGGAUUGAGUAUGUAUAGAACAUUGGCUGUACCUUAAAGGGGUGAAAAAGAAUCCUUUAGGCAGCUGGUGUUUUCUUUUAUGAGAACAGAACAAAGUUAUGUCAGCUAUUAAUGAUAGCAGCUUUCACAUACUUUCUAGCUAG